UCUCUCUCCCUCUCAAGGAAGGGGUUCCAAUAUUGUUGAAUCUUCCGGUAGGAAUGUAUUGAAGAAAGAGAGGGGCGUUAUAAAAUGGCUAGUAGCGGAAAGGGGGAGAAGAUAUUGGUUUCGGUAAGGGUAAGACCGCAGAACGAGAAGGAGAAGGCGAGGAAUGAUAUAUGCGAUUGGGAAUGUGUAAACAACACAACAAUAAUAUGCAACAAUAAUUUGCCUGAGAGAUCUCUCUUCCCCUCCACAUAUACAUUUGAUAAAGUGUUUGGAUUCAGUUCUCCCACGAAACAAGUCUAUGAAGAUGGAGCCAAGGAGGUUGCUCUUUGUGUUCUCGAUGGAAUCAAUUCAAGCAUUUUCGCAUAUGGACAGACAAGUAGUGGGAAGACAUACACAAUGAGUGGCAUCACUGAAUUUGCAAUGGAUGACAUUUUUUGUUACAUUCAAAAGCAUUCAGAACGCGAAUUCACUCUCAAAUUCUCUGCAAUUGAGAUCUACAAUGAAGCUGUGAGGGAUCUCUUAAGUGGGGAUAACAACCCACUGAGGCUUCUCGAUGAUCCAGAGAGAGGAACCGUCGUUGAGAAACUUAUUGAGGAGACCAUCCAGGACAGAACACAUUUAGAGGAACUUCUUACAGUCUGUGAGACUCAGAGGAAGAUUGGAGAAACCUCUUUGAAUGAAACUAGUUCAAGAUCACAUCAAAUACUCCGGCUGACGAUCGAAAGCACUGGUCGAGAAUAUUCUCCUGACAACUCCAGCACUCUUGCAGCGUCUGUGUGCUUCGUUGAUCUGGCUGGAAGUGAACGUGCUUCUCAGACUUUAUCUGCUGGUACAAGAUUGAAAGAAGGUUGUCAUAUAAACAGGAGUUUACUUACUCUUGGAACAGUCAUCCGCAAACUAAGGUUCGGAUAUAUGUCAUUAGUNCAAUCCCAGGUGGAGAAUUUACUUAAAUCAUCAGCAGAAGAGCGGUCUUCUAGGAUGGAUGAACAAUCCAUGUUUAGCUCCAUGGAUUUUGAUGCCGAUCUCCGAAGAAGAAGCUAUGAUUUAACAGAUCUUGGAGAACCUAUCAAUAACUUAACCAAGAGGAACUUUGAGUUAUUGGAAAAUACUGAAGAAGAUGAUUUCCUGCUUGAUGAUAAUACGCCUCAAUUUUCGAGGCAUAACCUGUACGAUGGCUGGGAGGAGAUGGUUCAAAUAACAGACGAAAAACUGGAAGAUGUGUGCAAAGAAGUUAGAUGCAUUGAACCUGAAGCUGAGCUGAGUAGUGGACAACCAGCAGCAGGCAAAAGCCAUGUCUCACAAGACGACAUAGUUGAUAAGAAAGCUAUCUCUGAGGUUCUCUCACCUAGGAAGGAAGAAACAUUACCAACUCUAGAAUACAAAGAAAGCUAUAACUAUAUGGGUAAUGAGAAAGCCGAGAAUAAAGACGUGGAAAUUAGCACACCUACAGAAAAGGAAGAACCUUUAUCAGCUCUGGAAUACGAACAAAGCUAUAACUCUUCCACGGGUAAUGAGAAAGCUGAGAGUGAAGACAUGGAGAUAAGGACACCUGCAGGAAAGGAAGAAACUUUAUCAGCGGUAGGAUACGAACAAAGCUAUAACUCUUCUACGGGUAAUGAGAAAGCCGAGAAUGAAGACAUGGAGAUAAGGACACCUGCAGGAAAGGAAGAAACUUUAUCAGCUCUGGAAUACGAACAAAGCUAUAACUCUUCUACGGGGAAUGAGAAAGCUGAGAAUGAAGACAUGGAUAUAAGAACACCUGCAGAAAAGGAAGAAACUUUAUCAGCGCUGGGAUACGAACAAAUCUAUAACUCUCCUACGGGUAAUGAGAAAGCCGAGAAUGAAGACAUGGAGAUUAGCGCACCUGCAGAAAAGGAUAAUGUUGACUUAUCCUUGAAAACUAUAGAUGUAGAGUUGUGUCUAAACGCUAAGCCUGAGAUAUAUGACUUAAAUUUAAAGAAUUCGGAUUUGGAGAUGGCUUCAUCAGUUGAAGCUCAAGAAUCACAUGAAUUUGUGAAAGAAGACGAACAAAUGAAGAAAGAGGAAAGGAAUAUGAGUCCUUCCCCAACGCAAGCUGAGCAAUGCUCAAAUAAAGAAGAAAAUGCUCAGUCAGAACAACAAUCAAAGGAAGACUGUGAAUUGAUUUCAUUCCCUACGAAGAAGCAACCAGAAGAGACAGUCGAAGUGGAGUUAACACCCGAUGAUGCUAAGUUAGAUGAGGAUGCGACAUCUGGAGAUAAGUGGGAGAGAGAACUGCAUCAAGACACCAACAGAGAUUACAACGAAUCAUCUGUCUGCAAAAAUAUUGGGACAGAUGAUAUUGACAACAACACUUCUUACAUGGCUUUGAAAGAAAAAGUUAAGGAGAUGCAGAAGAAAAUUGAAUACCUUAUGAGCAUGCACACAGCAGAACAACAACUGUCACCCUCCUUUAGAAGAGAACUUAAGAUUCCAGAAUAUUUUACUACCAAAAGAAGCCGAAGUUGCAGAGAGAAUCUCUUGAGUGUUAGGUCUCCUCAUUGGUUUGAGAAUUUGGAAGUUAAUAAUAAUACAUCACCUACCUGGAGAAUGAUGGAGCUAAAAGCGUCUCCUGGAAGACCAGUAAGCAAGACUUCCAACACUUCGAGCGUUUCCUUUGAUUCAGGGAGUUCAACCUCCAUUGAUGCGCGUAGCCUGAAAGACUAUGAUCCUGAGACAGGCAAUAGCUUCCAUGAAUUUGUAGCAGGGCUUGAAGAAAUGGCAAAGCAGCACCACUCAAUUGACUCAACGCCGGAUCUAGAUUUUGGGAUUUCAUAUGCACCCACAAGAACAGAAAGAAUGGAGAUCGGACCGGAAAGCCCUACAUAUAGCAUUAGAGGAAACAAGAAUGCAUUGCCAAAUCCUCAGGAUAUAAAUGAAGUAACCACAGAUGCCACCAAUCAAUCAGAGAGAGAGCAGGCUGAUGAUUUGGUUGAAGAAGAAAAACCUAAGGAAACAGAUUCCACAGCGGCUUCCCUGGAGAAACUACAGUUAGCAUCUAAUGGACAACAUUCAACCAAUUCUUCAGACUUCGAGAGACAACGAAGGCAAAUAAUUGAGCUUUGGGGAGUGUGCAAUGUACCAUUGGUUCAUAGAACCUACUUCUUCUUGCUCUUCAAAGGCGAUCCUUCUGACUAUGUUUAUAUGGAGGUUGAACUUAGAAGGCUAUCUUUUCUGAAGCAGACGAUGUCUAAUGACAUGGAAGCAUCAAGGAUACAAACAGUGAAGGCGCUCACACGCGAAAAGGAAUGGCUUUCCAAACAAAUACCAAAGAAGUUUCCAUGGAGCCAAAGAAUAGAACUUUACCAAAAAUGGGGUGUGGAGGUGAACUCAAAGCAGAGAAGCUUGCAGGUGGCGCACAAAUUGUGGAAAAACACCCAAGACAUGGAACACAUAAAAGAGAGUGCUUCUCUUGUGGCUAAGCUGCUUGGAUUUGUUGAGCCAUGUCGAAUGCCAAAGGAAAUGUUUGGCCUCAGCUUGUUACCUAGAACCGAGAACGUAAAAUCAUCUGGCUGGAGAUUUACCAAAUCCUUCUCUAGAGCACGUUUGACCUGAUGAUAACUAGAGCACGUUUAUUCUA